AUGGGGGCUUCCGAGUUUCACUCAGGUCACUUCGAGACUUCAGAAAUGUGUUUCUGUCAAGCUGCCUCCGAACUUGGGAUUGGUUCGAAUCUUGCUUCUAAAGGCCUCGCCCGCUCUUCACACCAAAACGACGACGUGAUCAUGAUUGAUUCCCGAGACGAUGGGCUAGUCGUAAACCUCAAUCGGUAUGAUGAAGGUAUGAACGUAUACAAUACGCCAUUGAACCUACCACGUGAUUGUGACGGCAAAGAAAAAGACGGCUUUCAGUACACCACUGCCGCGGUUGUCGCCUACAAUAUGGCACAAGUCAAGAUCAAGUGCGGAAAGAGGAAUCAUGCUGAGCACUGGCUGCAUCAAGCACUCUACUGGACCAAGUCAACCGAUCGUUUUUCCCAGACAUUGGUGGUAAAGAUUCUCCACUGCCUCGGAUAUUGCAGAUAUGUCACUGGUGAGGCCGACAUGGGAACGGAGUAUUAUCAGCAAGCAUUCAAUGCAAGCACACACUUCAAACUUGGUAGGCAAUGCCUUGCAGCCUCCCUGAAUUGCAUCGGGGUUCUUCACUUCAGCAUGGAUCAUACAUGCAACAUCGACAACUCACUCCAAUCGUUUGAAGAAAGUCUACAGAUGUACCGAUCGUGCACAAGCGUUGAUCCUUUGGAAGUCGCAACGGUUCAGAAUAAUAUUGGAAGACUGCAUUAUCUCCGAGCUGACUACGUCCAGGCCCUUCAGAGCUACCAAGAAUCGCUCAAGAUUCGGAGGCACCUCCUUGGUGAAGAAUCCAUUGAUGUGGCUGCUACCUUGUACAAUGCAGGUCAAGCCUGUCAGCAACUCAAAAAGUUCGAAGAAUCGAUCAAUCAUUACAAGUCAUUUCUCAGCGUUGCCAAGUCCGUCUUCGGUGAGAACUCGAAGGAUGCCGCUCUGGCGCUGAAAGGAAUUGCCGAGAUUCAUCAAGUACAAGGGAAGUUCGAUACGGCUUUAGAAUUCUUUCAUCAAGCUUUGCAAGCUCAGACGGCGGCAAGUGGGAGACUUAGCACGGAUGUUGCCACACUUUUGAACAAGAUUGGCAAUCUUUGCUACGAAAUGAAGGAAUAUGAAACCGCCAUGGCCUCUGGAGGCUUACGAUCGAGUAUUGCCUUGGUUUUGGCAGAGACACUCUCAUUCAUCGCCUUGAUGCAAUAUCACCUGGGUGACUACGCGUCGUCCCUCGAAGCCUAUCAAUUUGCUCUUCGAAUCUACCGAGAGCACUCGUCAAACAACGAUAACUCAACCAUUGCUUCCACAUUGAAUUCAAUUGGACUAGUAUUUUUUAAGAAACAAGUCUACGAGCUUCCCAACAGGUGCUUUUCGGAAAGUCUGAGGAUACGAACCAAACUUCUUGGUCCCAAUCAUCGAGAUGUGGCGAUUCUGUGGUAUAAUCUUGCAACUGUAUAUUUCGAGCGUAGGCAAGAAGAGACAGCCGUCAAGAUGUACAAGGAAACCUUGCGAGUCGAGGAGAUGCACCUUGGAACGGACCACCCAGAUGUUAGCCUGACGAUCAGGCAUUUGGGACAGGUUCACCAACAGCUUGGCAAGCUUGAGGAAGCUGCCAAAUAUUUCCAACAAGUUGUUGCCAUCGAGCGAAAAAGAGAAGUCGUUCCAAAUACAAGAUCCUUGUCCAAGGCAUUGAAUCUCCUCGGCAACGUGUACCUACAGUUGAACCAAGUUCCAGAAAUGAUGGAGUGCUACAUGGAAGCUUCACGACUGAACGAAGCUCCCAGAGAAAACGGUGAUGAAACAUCAUCUGAUCGAUUGGUCAUUGCGGGAUACAAUUUGUAUUGCCUGCAAAAAACAAAUCCACCCGCUGCGGCAACUGCUUAG